AUGAGAAGAGAGGUCAGUCUUGAUGAGACAGCGGAGCUCAUGCUUGACGAGGAAGUGGAGGCUCGAAGGAUCCUCCUGCAGACAGGAGCUUUGACCGUGAAGGCGGCCUACAGCUUCAGCAGUCCAGUGUUGGUCGAGCUUUUCUCUCCGCCAAGGUUGACAGACUAUGCACAGAGGAGAGCGCUUGGACAAGGUCUCGCAUUGGACUUGACAACCUGUGAUGACCAAGGGGUUGCAUGGGAUUUUAAUGUGAAGGAACGGAAGGACAGUGCAUCAGAAUUGAUUGAGAAUGUGAGCCCAGAUUUGUUGUUGGGAUGUCCCCCAUGUCGCAUGUACAGCUUGCUUCAAUACCUCAAUCAGUACAGAAUUGAUCCGGAGGAGUGGGACAAAGCAGUGACAGAAGCAGAGAACCAUCUUGAGUUUUGUGUUGAACAAUAUGAAGCCCAGAUGCGGAGGAACAAAUUUUUCUUGCAUGAACAUCCGGCAUUUGCUACAUCAUGGAAGUCACCAUCGGUUGAACGAUUGAAAGACAAGGAAGGAGUGUUUCAUGUUGUUGGUGACAUGUGUGAGCAGGACAUGCGUGUGUCAGAUGAGCAUGGUGAGGGUUUUGCCAAGAAGAGUACAGGCUACCUCACCAACAGUGAAUGCAUUGCGCAGGAACUUUCCAAACGCUGCUCGAAUGAUCCAGAUGCAUUGAGCGUUUUCAGGCAGGUCAACUUCAGUGCAACAAAAGGGCAGUAUCCGGGCCAAGGGGGCCCAUCUUGGGAACGUGUGCAGAGAAGGGUGACGUUUGAUUUGCAAGAUUUGAGAGAUGUUCAUUCAGCCACAAAAGAAACGUUAGAAUUCAGAAUUCUAUCGCAAUGCAAACAAGUUGAGACAGUUUUCUACCACAUCAAACCAGGCAAGGUAUGGCACAGACAUGUUCCCCUUUUGGGGGGAAAGGCAAAGCAGUGUGAGGUAUACCCCAAUCUUCUCUUGCGUAGUAUCUUGAAGGGGCUGAAGAAAAGUUUUGGUCCAACAAAUGAAGAAGUUGAUUUGGACAUUGAACUUGCACCCUCAGGUUUACAGCUUGCAGAUGAUUGGAUUAGUUUUGUUGAUGAAAUUUCCGGCAAACCAUUGUCGGCAGCAGGUGUGAGAAAGGCCAGAGCAGAAGAGAUUGAUUAUGCCGUGCGAUAUGGUGUAUGGGACACUGUACCCAUAGCAGAGGCUUAUCAAUUUGAUCCUAAAGGGCCAAUUUCUUCUCGCUGGAUUGACAUCAACAAAGGAGACGAAGAUCAUCCUUCGUACCGCUCUCGCUUGGUCAUCCAAGAGAUCAGGCAGUCGCAUAUCGAGGCGGUGUUUGCGGCCACACCUCCCCUAGAAUCCGUGAGGACGCUUUUGAGUUUGCAGCGAAGUUGCACAGAUCUUGAUAGCAAAGGGAGGAGAAAGAAGGUUCUUUUUGUUGACAUUCGCCGUGCACAUUGGACAGCCCGUAUAUUCAGACGAGUGUACGUUAGACUUCCAGUGGAGGCGGGAAAUCCAGAAGGAACUUGUGGCCGGCUCAACAAAGCCAUGCAUGGCUGUCGUGACGCCGCAGCAUGUUGGGAGCUUGCGAUCACAGACUUCUUUACAACCAACGGUUUUGCUCCUGGCAUUGGCAGCCCAGUUCUUUUUGUCAAGACUACAAGAGACUUGAAAGUUUCGAUACACGGUGAUGACAUUACAGUGUUGGGUUUUGAAGAUGAUUUGAUGUGGCUUUACAAACAGAUGGGUACAAGAUAUGAAACAGAUGUUCAGAAUGUUGCCAUUUUGAACAGGCUUGUACAUUACGGUCACACAGCAACAACAUUUGAAGCAGACCCCCGACAUGUUGAGAUUAUUUUGAAUGAGUUGAAUUUGACAACAGCCAAGACAGUUUCGUCACCCGGUGUCAGCAGCUCCAGUCCUGAUGAGGCGUUGUUGACAGGUACUGAUAUCACAAGGUACCGUAGCUUGACAAUGAGGGCGAACUACCUGAGUUUGGACAGGCCAGACAUCGCCUAUGCGACCAAAGAGUUGGCUACGAGGGGCAUGCAGACUCUUACUCAGGGGCACUACAACGGCUUGAAACGGCUUGCAAGAUACCUUGGAGGACACCGGAGGCUCGUGUGGCGCUAUGCGGAACAGUCGGAGCAAAGCAAGUUGAACAUGUUUUCAGAUUCAGAUGAUGGUGGAUGCCUCACAACAAGGAAGAGUACUUCAGGUGGUGCAUUGAUGCAUGGCAGAGAGUCGGAGUUUUAUGCAGGCAUCAAAGCUGGGAGUGUUUUGCUGGGUGGCAUUGCAACAAUGCAAGAUUUGGGUUGUGAGUUUUCAGCAGAGUUGGUAUUUGAUGCAACUGCCGCGAAGGCUAUGCUUGCGAGGCGUGGCCACGGUAAGGCCAAACACAUUGCACGAUGUUUCUUGUGCCUGCAGCAGAGAAUUCAGGAUGGUGACAUUGUGUUGGGCAAAUGCGGCACCAAUGUGAAUCCAGCGGACUUGGGAACCAAACACCUGGAUGGUGCCCGCAUUGCCGAGUUGUUGAAUCUCAUGGGGCUGACAUUUGAAGAAGGAGCCCAUGAGAUGGCCCUGAAAGCAUAA